UUAGAAAAUUUUGCAUGGGGAUUCCCUUUUUUUUAUCAAAAUAUAAAAUAAUUAUUAAAAAUGUAAACUUAAAUGCAACUAUUAAAUACCUUAAUAUUGCAAUUAAAUUAAUAAUAAACAAAAACAAUUCAAAUAACUAAUAUAAAUUAAAGAAUUACUAAACCACGGAAGUUUCUUGUUGUAAAAAAGUGAAAGCACAUCUGCAGUCUGCACGCAAAUCAACAAAGAAAAAAUAAAUUACCAAAUAGACCAACAUUUUCAAUUUCGCAAUUAUUAUUAUUUUAUUAAUUUGAAAGCAUGUCGUUUUUAAGAGGAUCACUCAAUUAUGUUUGGUGUACAACAAGUGUACUUGGAAAAGGAGCAACUGGUUCAGUUUUUCAGGGUGUUAAUAAAAACACUGGAGAAUCGGUAGCGGUGAAAACAUUCAAUCCCUACAGUCACAUGCGACCACAGGAAGUUCAAAUGCGUGAAUUUGAAGUUUUGAAAAAGGUCAAUCAUGAAAAUAUCGUCAAACUGUUGGCCAUUGAAGAUGACCAAGAGGGACGAGGCAAAGUCAUUGUCAUGGAACUGUGCACAGGCGGAAGUUUAUUCAAUAUCUUAGAUGACCCUGAGAAUGCAUAUGGUCUGCCAGAGAAAGAGUUCCUUCUUGUUCUGGAGCAUUUGUGUGCAGGAAUGAAGCAUUUGCGUGACAAUAAUUUGGUUCAUCGUGACUUGAAGCCAGGAAAUAUCAUGAAAUUCAUGUCUGAAGAUGGUCAGACAAUCUACAAAUUAACAGACUUUGGAGCUGCAAGAGAAUUGGAAGAGAAUCAACCUUUUGCUUCGUUAUAUGGCACAGAGGAGUAUCUGCAUCCAGAUUUGUAUGAAAGGGCAGUUCUUCGUCGGUCAGUUAACCGAUCAUUUACAGCAAAUGUAGAUCUCUGGUCGAUUGGAGUGACACUCUAUCACGUUGCCACUGGCAAUUUGCCCUUCCGUCCGUUUGGUGGUAGAAAAAAUCGUGAAACUAUGCACCAAAUUACCACCCGCAAAGCAUCUGGAGUUAUAUCAGGAACCCAACUCUCCGAGAAUGGUCAAAUUGAAUGGUCUACAACAUUACCAGCCCAUUGUCACUUGACUCAAGGUUUAAAAACACUCGUUACCCCUUUACUAGCUGGGCUUCUCGAAGAAGAUCGUUCAAAAACAUGGUCUUUCGAUACAUUCUUCCAGCAGGUUACUUUAGUUCUGAGGAAGAAAGUCUUCCAUGUGUUCUUUAUUAAUCGCACCGAUAGCAUUGAAGUCUUCCUUGAACCAGAAGAUCAAAUUGAAGAAUUUAAAGAUCAUAUAUUUAUUCAGACUGAAGUUCCAUGUGAGAAGCAAAUACUUUUAUAUUGUAAUGAGCAUUUGGAAAAUAGAAUUGGUACUUUGUGUGCAAGUGCAUUUCCAACGACUGAUCGGGAGAAUCCAAUUUUCUUAUAUAGCAAUGAGGAUAAUAAUGUCCAGCUGCCAACUCAAUUGGAAUUACCAAAGUUUCCAGUAUUUCCAAGUAAUGUUUCGGUGGAAAAUGAUGCCAGUUUAGCGAAGGCUGCAUGCAGUGUGGGUCAUGAAUGUAAACGGCGAAUUGAAACUCUAACAUCCAUAGACAUAUUAAUUAAAAAGUCUGUGCAACAAUUUAUUGAAACACUAACAACAACUUUAAAACUUUUACAAAAAAAAACAAAAAGUUUUGAUGAAUUAUUAUCUACUGUGAUUGAAUAUGCCGAAGUUGUCUCUUACGCAAGCAGAACAGAAAAGCCUGAAAAUGACCCAAAAGUUCUUGAGGAAAUUAAAGCCAAUUUUGACCGAGCGGCUGAUGUUAUUUCCCAGCUGUAUAAACAUUUUGUUGAAGAAGAUACCCUCAGUGAUGAAUGGCGAUCAUCGAUGCAUGGUAAAAUAUGUGCAUGCAAGGCACGUUCUAGUGCAAAAGCGAAAUAUUUAAUUGAUCGCCUAAGAGAUUCAUGGCAACAUUUGCUACGAGAUAGAGCAACUCGCACCCUCACUUACAACGAUGAACAGUUCCAUGCCUUAGAGAAGAUAAAAGUUGACAGAAAUGGUAGACGAAUAAAAACUCUUCUCUUGGAAGAUGUCAAACCAUCUGUCGAACAUAUGGCCGAGUGCCUAGCUGAUUGGUAUAAGCUUGCCCAAACAGUUUAUCUGAAGUCACAAAUUCUUGAGAAAGAUGUCCGAGAUAGUGAUAGGAAACUGCAAUCUGUACGCGGCAACCUCAGCGAAAUGAGAUCUCAUUUAAAAAUUCAACAUAAAGAAGACAAGGAUAACGAUGAAAUAAACAAGUUAUCCAAAAAUGAACAAAAGAACUUUAUGAAAUUUAUUCAAGAGCAACAAAAAGAAGUGGUGGUGAUACUGCGACAAAAUCGUAAAUUAAUAUCAAUGCUUCAGGAUAUUGGCUUGAGUCCAAAGGAAAUAAGUUCCUCCAUUCAAAUUAAACAGUAAAAUAAAAGGAUUUGUCAUUCAAAUUUUUACUGUUGGGUGUGAUUGUGUUUUUGAUAUGCGAAGAGUGUCUUAUUGGAUUAAGUGGAAAAAAAAACAAAGACUUGUGUCGCAAGUAUUAAUGUUAUUUUAUUAUUACUCUACUAUUAUAUUCUCUUUUUUAAAUUGUGUUGAGUUUUUGUUAUUAGUACGUAGUAUGAAUUCAUGGCUCCACAAACCUUAUUGAUUUAUAAUUUUUUUUGUAUGAAUGUAUUUUAUAAAAUAUAUUGAAUAUCCCUAGUUAUUAAGUUAUUACAUUUUAUUUCACAAUACAUGACGAUCUAAAAUUAA